AUGGCUAUGGUACUCCAGACCCAAGCUAUUAUGAAUGAUGAUGUAGUCCUCGAUAAUUGGUCGUAUGGAUUGAGCAAUUCCUUAGUUUUGAAUAACUUGACUCUGGAGGAUGCAGGGUCAUACACGUGUAGAGUAAACAGUGAUGCAGGGGCAGUGUAUUCAAUCCCAGCUGUACUUGAUAUAUAUGAUACAGCUCACUCGUGCAAUAACAGCCUAAUCUCAAACUAUAUUGAACUACCAGAUGAAUGCAUAGAGUAUGGAUUGAAUGGAACAAAUCGCUAUGACGUAGGGAAGUGUAGCCGAUCAAAAUGCCCGGGUAAUGUCAUCAACAGUGACAAUCAGUGUAUGGAUAAUGAAAGACAUUGUUGUGCUGAGUCAAGCACUGAACAAAGGAUGCUUACAUGUAUGGACUUUAACAUAUCUGUAAUUGUCGUCACCGGAUGUGACUGUGGUGUAUGUGUCGAACCUACAAAAGUGAUUACAGGACGAGCAGUUGCCGCUGAUAAUCGAGAACCAUUACAGUUUGGGAAAAUAUUCAUAGGAUCGGAGUUGAUUAUGACAACUUCAUCGAAUGGAGAGUUUAUCUUUGAUGUCCCCAUUGGUAGGCAACGCAUCCCAGUAACAUUCCAUGACACUAACAAGAACCUGGUUGAUGCCACCAACGUGAUUACAGUAUCGGACAAUACUAUUUACCAUAUAGAAGUUGCUCUUCAACGUCGUGCACCAUCUGUGUCAUUCAAUGCAUCAGAAACUGCGACUAUCCAACUUGGUAAUGCCAGUCAGCCUUCUGUUGAAAUAGAGAUUCCACCAAUGUCAAUUCGUUCAAGAAAUGGCAGUAUUUACGUAGGUAACGUUACAGCCAGUGUCAAUUUCAUUGACCCUAGAGACCCACAGAUUAUUGAUACCAUUCAAAGUGACCUUAGUACACGUGAUGUUGAAGGAAAUGUUAGAAAUCUGCAAACGUUUGGUAUGGUAUCAAUGAACUUUGAAGACGAUGGUGGUGAGCCCCUCGAAGUCAAUGGAAGCAUCAAAUUAUAUGUUGAUGCAGAAAAUGCAAACUUGAACAUAAAAGAGUUAGACGAGGAUAUGCUCCCGAGAUUAUGGUUUCUGAAUUCAGAGAGUGGCGAAUGGGAAGACAUCGGUGGGCUACGUUUCGAGAGUGGGAAACGACGAAAACGUGCUACCAGUGACGAAAUUUUAGUCGUUGGAGACAUUGAAGUCACUGGUAGAAAUUUGAAUGAAUGGUACAAUCUUGAUCGUAUACAAGGUGCAGACGAAGUAUGCUUUGUUAAAGUGAGAGUAUACAAGGAUGAACAGCUCACAGUUCCCAUGAAUGACGUCGAAGUCACUGCAAUAAGCAAAGACUUGGAUAUAAGAACCACAGGCAGACUUCAAGGGGGAAAGUUUAACUUUUUUGAACAAAUUUUAACUAGUUCUGGUCAAACUUGUCCACGAGUAUUUUGUAAUGAUGAUGGCACUAAGUAUUCCCUCAAUAUUCGUGCUAAGUAUGAUGGAAGAGCUUUCAUUCCAGUAAAUCCAAACAAUGUUUCCUCAACUGUCCAUCCAAACUCGUGGCCAAAUGAAAUUUUAGAGUCGUAUUCGCCUCCGGAUAAGUGGGAUGAUACGGGAUUCAUCACAAUGUCUGGAAGAAAGAAGCCAAAUAAAGAUGGUCCAAUUUAUUCUGCUACUCUACCAUACUGGUCUUAUGUGUAUGACGCACAAAGACGAUGCAAUGCUGCCAACAACAAACACAAUCAUUUAAUCUUCCGACACCCGCAAACCGAGAACUUAAAUGAUCGUUAUGAAUACAACACUCAUCCAUACUCAUCGGAAAGUCGCUAUGAACAGCCGAGGGUUCCAUGCUCGUGGUAUCCAUAUGAAGGAACACGCAAGUGUGUGUGUUUCAUUAAGAUUUUGGUUGAUGGACCUAACACCAAUAGAUUCAGAGUCGUCAGUGCAAAAGGCAGUAAUGUCAAUGUUAACUGUGAUGAAUAUGGAUUCCGGGUUGCAUCGACACCAGAACACCAUGUUGAUAAUAAUAAUAAGUCAGCAGUUUGCAUAGAAUUUAAGUGCAGUGGUACUGUUCGGGAGAGUAAGAUUGCCGACCCUGACAUACAAGACGAAGGAUCUAAAGGACAUGAUAUGACAAGUGUGAAGGUAAUUCCAGAUGAAAAUUCAAGAAACUGCUUUUUGAAACCUAAUGGUGUUAAUCCAAAUUUGGAAGGCUUGAACUUAGUUGAUGUGACGUACAAAGGAACAUCAGUCGUUCAUUUUACUGAUUAUAUUACCAAUUUUGGAAUAUGGGGGCAAAUUGCAGGUGUAUAUGAAACAUGUGGUGGAGGCACUACAGGCUUGGAUGACGCAUACUCAAAUUGUAAUGCAGGAGGAGAUGGAAGCGAGAAUGAUAGUGGUGAGCCUCUCGAAGUGGAUGGAAGUAUCAAAAUAUAUGUUGAUGCAGAGAAGGCAAACUUGAACAUAACAGAGUUAGACGAGGAUAUGCUACCGAGAUUAUGGUUUCUGAAUCCAGAGAGUGGUGAAUGGGAAGACAUCGGUGAGCUACGUUUUGAGAGUGGAAGCCGACGGAAACGUAAUACUGGUGACGAUAUAUUAGUUGUUGGAGACAUUGAAGUCACUGGUAUCAGUUUAAACAGUUUGUGGUGCAAUAUUGAUAGUGUUCAAGAGCUGGACGAGGUAUGCUUUGUUAAAGUAAGAGUAUACAAAGAUGAGCAGCUCACAGUUCCAAUGAAUGACGUUGAAGUCACUGCAAUAACCAAUGACCUGGAUAUAAGAACCACAGGCAGAUUUCGAGGAGAAAAGUUUAACUUCUUUGAAAAAAUUUUAACUAACUCUGGUCAAACUUGUCCACGAGUAUUUUGUAAUGAUGAUGGCAGCAAGUAUUCUCUCAAUAUUCGUGCUAAGUUUGACAGCAAAGCUUUCAUUCCAGUCCAUCCAAACAAUGUUUCCUCAACUGUCCAUCCCAACUCGUGGCCAAAUGAAAUAUUAGAGUCCUAUUUGCCGCCAGAUAAGUCGGAUGAUACGGGAUUCAUCACAAUGGCUGGGAGAAAGAACCCAAAUGAAGAUGGUCCAAUUUAUUCUGCUACUCGACCAAACUGGUCUGAUAUGUAUGACGCACAAAGACGAUGCAAUGCUGCUAACAACAAUCACAAUCAUUUAAUCUUCCGACAAGCACAGACAGAGAACUUAAAUGAUCUUUAUGAAUUCAACACUCAUCCAUACUCUUCAAUAAAUCGCAAUGAACAGCCAAGGGUUCCAUGUUCAUGGUAUCCAUUUGAAGGACUCAACAAGCGCGUGUGUUUCAUUAAGAUAUUGGUUGAUGGACCAAACGUCAAUAGAUUCAGAGUCGUCAGUGCAAAAGGCAGUAAUGAUGAAAUUAACUGUGAUGAGUUCGGAUUCCGGGUUGCAUCGACACCAGAACACCAACUUGAUAUUAAUAAUGGAAAGUCAGCAGUUUGCAUAGAAUUUAAGUGCAGUGGUAUUGUUCGGGAGAGUGUGGUUGCUGAUCCUCAGAAUAUUUUUGAUGGAUACAAAGGAGUUGAUGAGACAUCCGUGAAGGUGAUCCCAGACGAAAGUUCAAGAAAUUGUUUCCUGAAAACUGUUAAUCCCGAUUUGGAAAGCUUCGUUGACGUGACGUAUCAAGGGACAUCUGUCUUUCAUUUUACUGAUAAAAUUGGUGACAUUGAAAAAGAAACGGGUGUAUACAAAGCGUGGGAUUGGAGAACUACAAGCUGGGAAAAAGCGUACUCAACUUGUAAUGCAGGAGGCGAUGAAAGCAAGCGUGGUGACAACCCAGAGCUCAAUUGGGCCUUGCAUUAUGAAUGUCCAUAA